AUGGAGACGGACGUCAUAGUGUCGGCCGCCAUCAUCGCGCAACAGCUGCCCUUCGAUCCAAACGGCGUCUACUUCGUUCUCUCAGAUGAAACCGUCAAGGAGUCGUCGUACGAGGGAGCCGGGUUCUGCAUAAACUACUGCGGGUGGCACACGUACACUGACGUGGAGGGCAUGGGCCGCGUGGCCAAAGCCUGGUUGGGCAACGCUAUUUCCCAGUGCCCUGAUGGCUGCAUCAACUACGUCAUUUAUAACUCUCCCUCCUCGCCCAACCGGGACAAAGGCAUGGACGGGCUCCUCUCCGGUUUUGCACACGAGUUAGCAGAGGCGACUAGUAGUCCAAACCUGCAGACGUGGAUGGACGACGAUGGGAACGAGAACGCUGAUAAAUGCGGAUCGGGGUGA